ACUACGAGUGCAUAUGACUCAUGGGAAAUUUCUGUGUAGACGUGUUUUGUUUUCGUUUCCUUAUUUAUGAUUACGAAAAUGUUUCUGAUGUGAUAAUUGUAAUAAACUGAAAUUGUUACAGAUAACGUUUGAUUUCUAUCCGUUUAAAUUGGUUGGAUACUGAAUAAAAUAAAAUGACAUCACAACAUGAAAAAUCAUUAAAUUCUUUUAAUCAUGAAAUGAACAAUGGCAAGGAUGAUACAGAUGAAUCUUCAGAUUUUAUCGUUUUGGGUUUUCCUACUUCAGUUACUCCCGAUGAUCUUUCACCAGAACAGUUCAACGAUUUGCAGAUUUCAUCUGCAUCUUUACAGGCAGAUUCACCUAGUGAUGAAGUACAAAAUUGGAUUGCAGAAAUUCUUAAAGAAAAUAAAGAAUUAAAAGCAUCUUUGGAAAAAACAAAUUUAAAAGCAAAACAACAAUUUCAAACUCUUCAAAUGUGUGAAGAACAAUUUACUAAAAGAUGUGAAAAAUAUGAAUCUAUAAUUCAAGAUAAUCAGAAACAUAAAUUAAAAGUAAUGCAAGAAAAUGAAAAUCUUAAAAUCAGCAUAGAAGAAUUAAAAACUGCUUUAGCAAUAGCUGUUAAUGAUGGAAAGGUAACUGUAUUUUUACUUUUCUGGCUGUUAUAGAACAUAAUAUACAACAAGUAUGGUGAUUG